AUGAGUGACAGGAAGGUAGUGAUCAAAAUCGUGGACAUGUCGGAAGAAAUGCAACAAGCUUCCGUGGAGUGCGCGAUCCAGGCAAUAGAGAAGUACAGAGUAGAGAAAAAGAUUGCAGCUUACAUCAAGAAAGAGUUUGACAGGAAGUACAACACAACCUGGCAUUGCAUCGUGGGGAAAAACUUUGGUAGCUAUGUGACACACAAAGAUAAGCACUUCAUCUACUUCUACCUGGGCCAACGGGCCAUUCUUCUGUUCAAAUCUGAUUAA